AGUCACAAACUUGUAUAUAUGUUAUAUUUCUGUAAAAAAAAACUGCAUGUACAGAUCUCGGCCUUUACAAGCUAUUCUGAAAAGCUGAUAAAGCUAUUGUGUAGCUAUAACUAACUAAGCUAUAUUAUAGCUUUAAUCAAGAGAUUGUGCCAGACCUGGUAAAAAUGGUUCGGGCUUUGUGUAACAUAUUAAUGAACCAAUGUAGAUAUAUAUAUUUACUUUCAAUUUUAGGCCACUAACCUGUGCAGAUUGAUUACGGAGUGUUGGAAGCAGAAGUGUUGACGAUAUAUAUUAAUGACGUUUUGAUCAAUCAAAAAAACUCAAAGAAACUGCAUUUCUGAAGAUAAAAGCUAAAAAUGGAUGAAGUCUGUUCCUGUAUACUCACUUUGUGUGAGAUGCUGGAUAUGACUGGUCACGCUGCACUGAUCAUGUCCGUCGACUGGAAAAACCAGAAGCUCUACCACUGUGGCGCCGGCGCUGGCAGGAAUUUCCUUCUCAAGAACAAGAGUGCAUUGACUAAUUUUGUCAAGUUCUGCUCAGGUGAAUUUGCCGCUGAAGUAGAUAUAUCUGGUGAAUGUGAAAAGCAAGAAAAUGUUGCUGUCAUUGAUAUUGAGCCUUUAUUGAAAGAAAACUCAGACCAGGACUCUGGGGAAUGGCAGAAGGAUUUGUGCAAAGGUUCAGUCAACAGCAGGCUGAAUGUGACCGAAUUUGAAUCCAGUGAGCAUGAAGGACAAGAUUUCCAGGAUCACUCUGGUGAUGAAAGUUACACCAUGAAUGAGGAAUGUGUAAACAAAGCACCUGUUUGUGAAAGUGCAUGCGAAAAAUCUACAGAGAGUCUAGAACAAGUUCUUCAAAACACUGAGUCUAGCCCAAAGUCGAAAGAGGAAAAGACAACAAUGAAUGGGAGUAAAGAGAUAUUUAAUGAUUUAACAUCCACGGAAAAAAAGUCCAUUGGUGACACUGAAAAUCUGUCACUCAGAAGAUCAGCACGGAAAAGGAAAGAUCAAGAUAAUAGUGAAGAGAAUCGAAGGAGAAAAGUGGAAAAUGGAGGUAAAACUGUAAAAGGAGAUUCAAGCCAGAACUCUCAAGGAACUGUUUCUUCACCGGGGAAUCAGUGUGUUUUUUGUAAUAAAAAACUGAGGAAUUGGAGUACUCUGAUAAGACAUGUAGCUUCCCAUGCUGGGAGAAGAAGUAGGUGCAGGAUCUGUAACGAAGUUUGUAAUAAAACAGUUGACCUCCAGGCACACAUAAAAACUCAUCGAAGUGAGAAGAAAAGUCCACUGAAUGGAGUCACUUCUUCAAAACACCCUAAAGGUCUCUCUGAAAUUUCUUCUGAAACUAAAACUAGAAGGAAUGGAAGUGGAGAGACUGUAAUGAAUAAAAUAUGCAGUCUUUGUCAGGUAGAAUUCAGUUCACAUUCUAAUCUGAAAAGACAUAUGAAGUGUCACAACAGUUUGAAGAUGUUUAAGUGUUAUGUUUGUUCCGUAAAUUUUCGGACAGAACAGGAGUUGUCUUCCCAUGCAGCCUCUCACCAGGUGUCACUAGUGCACUACUGUAGAGACUGUGGACAAGCAUUUAUGUCUGAAACCGAUUUGCAAUUUCAUGAAAAGGAAAGCUAUUGCAAAGCGACGGCUGAAUCAAAUGAAGCAAACUUUAAGUGUCAAGUUUGCAAUCAAGAGUUUUAUUGUCAGGAAAACUAUGAAAAACAUUUGGAAUUGCACACAAAGAACCCAGACACUAGGAUAUCUGCUGCAGUUUUAGAUAAUCAUGAUGAAGUCCAUGCAUCUAACGGAGAAGAGAACUUUAAUGAUCUGGUCCAAAAAAAUGGAAUUUGUUCUGAAAAUGCACAAGCAAAAACAAAUGCUAAAAGUACAUCAGAAGACAAAACAAUACCAGAACUAGAUGAAACACCAAAACCUGCACCCAAGUUCAAUAAAACUGACCUUGCUUGUGAGUUAUGCGGACAAACAUUUAAAAUGGCAAUGAACCUGUACCGCCACAAGUUGGAACAUGACAACAAUGGAAUGUUUCCGUGUCGAUUUUGCAACUAUGUCGCCAAAACCAAAGAGAACCUGACCAGACAUUCUAAGAAGCAUCUGGCUCAACUUCCACAUAUCUGCAAGAUUUGUGGCCGAGGUUUCACUGAAAAGGGCAACCUGAAUGCUCACAUGUGGACUCACUCCAAAGAAAAGCAGUUUCUCUGCGACGACUGCGGAAAGUCGUUUCAGAACAAACAGUCCCUUUUGUCUCACAAACGAGCUCAUUCGGGCAAAAAGCCUCAUAAGUGCAAGUUUUGCGACCAGCAUUUCUCCACAAGCGGCAUAAGGAAGGAACACGAGAAAAUUCACUUGAAUAAGAGGAGCUACAUGUGUGAUUCCUGCGGGAUGUCCUUCAAUCAGAGAAGUGGCCUGUACACCCACAAACUGACACACCAUAACAACAACCCAGCCCAUAUCUGCUCAGAGUGUGGGAAAGCCUUCAAACAUCCAAACUAUCUGAGAAGCCAUUUUGUGGCCAAACACCUCAAGCACGAGGAUAUAGCAAGCUAUGGCUGCCGAAUUUACACUUGCGAAAUAUGCCAGAAACUCUUCUCAGACAAAAGUGACCUGAGGUCUCACAUGAAUAAACACACAGGAGAGAAGCCAUUUAAAUGUGCUAUCUGCAAUAAAGGAUUUUCCGACAAGAGCAACAUGAGAGCCCAUCAGAGACUUCACCAGGAUUCCCGGCCACACCACUGCAAUGUCUGUGGGAAGGGUUUCCUGUUCAACAGGGAUCUCAAGAAACAUCUUAACUCCCACACUCCCCAAUCCACAGAAGAGGCGGAGAAAUCACAAGAAUCAGACACAGCAGUGGAAUAUUUGAAGCCCUGCUUGAUAACCGCUGAUGCUGUGGAAGAAUCGGUGCAAGUGCAGCUGAGUCCUGUCACCAUUGUUGGAGAUUUUCAGAUUCAUGCCAGUGCUGAACAGGACUUCAUGUUUCAAUAAUUUUUUUUUUUUAAGAAUUCUAAACAGGUAUCAUUUCCAAGUAUUUUUGGAUUGUUUGGAAGAUGAAAUUAGGGCCUAAUUUUGUAGUUACAAAGUGAUACAAUGUGCUUAGUAUGUUACCAGUAAUUUCUUUCAUAAAAUAUGAAAGGCAUAUUGUGCUUUUUAAGGCAUGCAGUAUUACCAGUAUUCACUCCAAUGGAAUGAAAAAUCAUAAGAAUUCCAUAGGAGUGGAAUAUGGUAUUUAUUUCCUGGGAGACAUUAUAUAAAUAGUGCCUGUUUGGGAGGUUAACCGUUGAAAUUGACACCCCUGGAAAACCUGUCAACCGAUGCGAACCAUUGAUGUUGACACCCUUCAAAAGCGUCGGUUGACGAUGGCUUUCGAGGGAUGUCAAUUUUAACGGUUACCCUCCCAAACAGGCACUAUUUAUUUUAUCAUACUGAAUGUCAUAAUUUCAGAGAAAAUUUUACUGCUUUUAUACAGAAAGGACCUGAAUUCAACGGCGAACCGUACGAACAUAAUUUAAACGCAUGUAGCAAUUCGUUGUGUUACCCGUUGCCAAGUGAUUUGCUAACGCUGAGGGUAAUAGAACAGAUUAUCAACUACAUCUAAACCAAUCAGAUUUCAGUAUUUAACAUGAAAGUAUGAUAAAAUGUUUUGUUACCCCUGUCACGUGACUGUCUAGACCAAUCAAAUGGCACAUUUGUAUAGAAUUAUUGUAAUGAGGUACAAUAAUAUUAUUUGUUCGUGUGCAUGUACAAUUAAUAUGUACCUGAAAAUGCAAUCUCAUCAAUGGUUUGAUUUGAAUAAUUCUUGUCUUUUCAACAAUAUCGAACCUGAUUUUGUCAAAUGAAUAAAUUUUUUAAAAAAUGACUAGGAAAAAAAAAAUGUCAAGAAAUACAUUUUGACCACAACCAUGUAAUGACAAAUACAACAAGAACCCAUUAUCAUUAUGAACAUGAACCUAGAUGUAAAGAAUUAAUUUUAUGAUUAAAAUUGUAAAA